GGCAGCAAUUACAUACAUAGUAACUGGAAUGUGAUUACUUCGUAGGUACUAUGUAUAUUUUCUCGGACAGGGACUUGCUUAUCGCUUAUCGGGACCCCACGAUAUUGCCAAGAAGGUUGUAGAAAUUUUAUCGUUUAUCGAAAAAGUCAAAAAAUUUCACGGCCCCACUGAGUCAAGCCCGACCACUGCCACCUCAGUCUUACGGGGGCCAUUGGGCCUCUAGCAGCCCCCUAACAGUCCCGACAGCCUUGCUGGAUGCCUUAGCAAAUCCCCGCCACUACACUACAGAGUUCCCACUACGGCUUCCACUGAACAACCCUGGAACUUUAAGCCCAGCGGAUGCGGAUGGCGGUGGCCACCAGCGCUGUAUUAGUACCUACUAGGGUGCCCUCCUCUAUUUGCCCCUCCUUUCUGGUACACACCAGUUUCUCUGCCUACUCUCCCAUCAAUCAUUUUGUUUCCAUCCAUCGACCACUGCCUUUAGCAAGUCUUUGUUGGUCACGGCUCGACAUAGAGGAUAUCAUAUAUCAUAUAUCCCGUCCAUCCUAUUCGAGCGACAUUCUAACCCGUCACAUUCACUUGUGAUCGUCGCCAUCCCAAUCAAUACGAACCCCGCGGUCGAGUUCGACUCCCAUCCACUACAGGCGGGGUACAUUUUCGACGACGACUUUUUUUUGUGUACCGCCUUCGUUCCUUAUCUCGACGGCGCCAUACAACAAAAACUCAACUUGUUCAACAUGGUUUCCGCGUCCAAGGAAAAGAGACUCGCCAAGAAGGCCGCCGAGGGUAAGGGCGAGAAGAAGACUCUCGUCUCCCGCUCCAAGGCUGGUUCCAAGGCGGCAUCCAAGAACGCCAGCGCCGCUGGCUCUGCCGCCGGUGAUGAGUCCCCCCCGGAUCCCAAUGACCUUCCAGCAACCAGUGACAAGGAUGCCGACAAGGUCAAACGUCUUGCCGACCAGAAAGAUGCCCAAGGUCUAUCCGACCGUAUCACCACUGGUGUCCUUGCUUCCAUUCCGAGUAGCAGAGACGUCAAGGUUAUCAGCGCUAGCUUGACCUUCCAUGGCCGCGUCCUCCUCAACGAAACAGAUCUAGAACUGACCUUUGGCCGUCGCUACGGUCUACUUGGUGAGAACGGUUGCGGAAAGAGUACUCUGCUGAAGGCUAUCGCUGAGCGUGAAUACCCUAUCCCCGACCAUGUUGACAUCUAUCUGCUGAACCAAGGCGCACCCCCAUCCGACCUUGGCGCUCUUGAAUGGGUCGUUAAGGAGGCUGAGAAAGAGAUGGAUCGUCUUGACAAACUGGCCGAGCAGAUUCUAGAAGAGAACGGUCCUGAUGACCCGGUACUCAUGGAUCUCUACGAGCAUAUGGACAAGAUGGACCCCUCAACAUUUGCCACUCGAGCUUCACUUAUCCUGACUGGUCUCGGCUUCAACAAGGUCACAAUUCACAAGAAGACCAAGGACAUGUCGGGUGGUUGGCGUAUGCGUGUUGCCCUCGCCAAGGCUCUGUUCGUGAAACCCACUCUCCUGCUCCUCGACGACCCCACUGCCCAUUUAGAUUUGGAGGCUUGUGUGUGGUUAGAAGAAUACCUCAAGAAGUGGGAGCGCACCCUGGUGCUUAUCUCCCACUCGCAAGAUUUCUUGAACGGAGUGUGCACAAACAUGAUCGACAUGCGAAAGCAGCAACUCAUGUACUAUGGUGGUAACUUCGACUCUUAUAUCAAGACAAGAAAGGAGCAAGAGAUCAACCAGAUGACAGCCUACAAGAAGCAACAGGAAGAAAUCAAGCACAUCAAGGAAUUCAUUGCCAGCGCCGGUACUUACGCCAACUUGGUGCGCCAAGCCAAGUCCCGUCAGAAGAUUCUGGACAAGAUGAUUGCAGACGGUCUCAUUGAAGAAGUCAAGGAAGACCGGGCCUUUACAUUCAGAUUCACUGACGUCGACAAGCUGCCCCCUCCCGUCCUUGCUUUCGACAACGUCACGUUCUCGUACUCUGGUGAUCCCAAGGAUGACCUAUACCGUCACAUUGAUCUUGGUUUCGACAUGGAUUCGCGAACAGCCCUUGUCGGACCCAACGGUGUCGGUAAGAGUACGCUUCUUCGUCUUAUGACAACCAAGAUCUCGCCUACGGACGGCGCCGUGAAGAAACACACCCACCUUAAGCUCGGCAUGUACUCACAGCACAGUGCUGAGCAACUAGACCUGACCAAGAGUGCAUUGGAUUUCGUGCGCGACAAGUUCCCUGAGAAGUCACAAGAUUAUCAGUACUGGAGACAGUGCCUGGGAAGGUAUGGUGUUUCCGGUACCGUUCAGACAUCCAUCAUGGGCACACUAUCCGAAGGUCAGAAGAGCCGUAUCGUCUUUGCCCUGCUCGCUAUUGAGUCUCCCAACAUGCUUCUUCUCGACGAGCCUACCAAUGGUUUAGAUAUUCCAACAAUCGACGCUUUGGCGGAUGCAAUUGAACACUACACUGGCGGUGUUAUCGUCGUGUCCCACGACUUCAGAUUGCUUGACAGGAUCGCUAAGCAGAUUCUUGUCUGCGAGAACAAGACAAUCAAGCCUUGGGAUGGCACAAUAGGAGAGUACAAGAACUACCUGCGAAAGAAGAUGGUGGCAGCUGGCGCCGUCUAAGGCCGUCUUCAAAGUUUGUUUGAUAGUUUGGACAUUUAGAUGCAUUCUUCGGGAACGAAUUUAGGUUGCGGAAAUCGACUCAAUGACGUCGUUACAUGAACAACAAAUAUCAUGCGAACGACUCGAGGUGAUAAUUCCAUAACGCUUUUCGAAAUUCUGGCAUCACGGGUAACGAACGCACGGCUCCAAAUACAGGGUCAGCUUAUCUAUAGAAUUGGGCAUUCCUCGGCCACCAUACCUACAUAGAGCCGCAUGCAUGCAUCCAGGCAAGGGGUUGCUUUUUAAAAAUUGAUUAGGGACAGGGAGCGCAAGAAUCCCGCGCAGGAAAGUAAAUGAAUGCGGCAGGUAGACAGGGGGCUCUAAUCGAUGUUUCUUGAGCUCUUUCUUUCUGAUUUGAAAGAGAGAGAGAGGGGAAUGGCGCUGCUUAUUAUACUGCGUAGGUACCUAGUAUGUAUUAUCUAGGUAUUUAAGAGACGUCAGUUAGUCAAAGUAUCAGCGCGAGAAACAUCGUUCGCGUUGUUGCGUGAGUGGAUUUUUUUUACAGCAAUUGAAUUGAAUAGAUUUGUUUAUGCUAUGCGAUCCUAUGCUAUGCUAAAGGAAUUAUUUUUCAACCUUAGGAACCAUCAAGGAAUUUCGAGAGGUAAGAG